GUGGGCACAGGUGGGUGGCACAGGUGGGUGGCACAGGUGGGUGGCACUGGUGGGCACAGGUGGGUGGGCACAGGUGGGUGGCACUGCUGGGCACAUGUGGGUGCACUGCUGGGCACAGGUGGGGGCACUGCUGGGAACGGGUGGGCGGGGCUAGUGGGCGCACUGCUGGGCGGAACUUGCGGGUGUCACUGCUGGGCACCGAUCAUCAGGGCACUGAUCAUCAGUGCCCUGAUGAUCGGUGCCGAUCCCCGCUCUGAAAACUGCCGGUUCUCGGCAGUACUUUCCUCACGAUCUGACAGCGUGAGGAAAGUGCAGCCGAGAACCGGCACUUGC